UGAGAGACUCUAUAAACAGUAAACAAGUCAGAAUGAGGGUCAGUGUGGUGCUGCUUUUGUUCAGCAUAUCCUGUGCUGAGCUCCAGAGAGGUGAUGACCAGCCUGCCCCAGAAGAUGUGCAGCCCAGACUGAACCGGAUUCAGAACCAGAGCCAUGUGGAAAGACCAGAAUUACUUACAGACCAAACCACUGUCCAGUUUGAUGUGUGGACUGAGCUGAGGGAGCUGAGGGACAUGGUGGUGGAGCAGAGGGUGAAACUACAGUACAGUGAGCGCCAGAUUGAGGAGCUGAAAAAAGAGAAUGCAGGGCUGGCAGGGAGAGUGACCUCUACUGAACUGAAAGUGACCUCUACUGAAGCAAGAGUUUCCUCUACUGAACUGAAAGUGACCUCUACUGAACUUGGUGUUGAUGCUCUAAAAGAAGAGAAUAAAAAGCUCACGGGCAGAGUGACCUCUACUGAACUGGGUGUUGAAGCUCUAAGAGAAGAGAAUAAAAACACUCCAAAGGUGGCGUUCUCAUUUGGUUCAGGUGUAUCUGGCACUAUUGGACCUUUUAAUGCCGACACCAUGCUGGUUUUUAGGAAAGAAUUCAUAAACAUUGGGAACGCCUACAGUCCGAUCACAGGUGUCUUCACUGCCCCGUUGAGAGGAGUCUAUUUCUUCAGAUUAAAUGUAUUUGGUGGUAGCACAUACUGGACAGGUGGAGAUUUAUUUAAAAACCAAGAGAAAAUAUUUCAUUUGUCUGAUUACCCAGAUGAAGGGAGAAAUGAGUAUGCAUCAAAUGGUGUCAGUCUGCUGCUGGAGAAAGGAGAUCUUGUGUAUGUUAAACUCUUAGCUGGUUGGCAUAUUUUUGAUGACAUUAAUAACCACUGCACUUUCAAUGGUUUUCUGCUCUUUCCCAUGUAAAAUGCUUAACUAAUUAAGAAUAGAUGUAAUCAGCACAUCUUAUCGCUAGGACCCCUGUUCUAGAAUUUCCCCUCGGGGAUCUAUCUAUCUAUCUAUCUAUCUAUCUAUCUAUCUAUCUAUCUAUCUAUCUAUCUAUCUAUCUAUCUAUCUAUCUAUCUAUCUAGAUAAGAUGUUAGUUAGAUUAACGCUCUAGGCACCAUUCUUGUACAGGAAACACACUCUAGGGUGCAUUUUCCAAAGGUGUAGCUGCUAAGCAUGUUUCUAACUUGCAUAGUCUACUUGAUGAAGUUGCGAUGCAGGUGUUUUCCAAACCAUAGUUUGAACUAUGGAGGUAAAUACACAAGUAAUUUACAUAGUGUGCAUCAUUCAGGGCCGGAGUUGGCCCCUUUUUCAACCCGGGAGUUUCAUGCCCAAAUCCGGCCCACUAUUUCCAUGGAGGAGGAAUUAGAAUAAAUAAAACAGCAGCUAGCUCUUACAAUGCCUUUUUAUUGCAUAUAAGUUUAAGUAUAUGUGGGUAAGUUAACAGAACACCCUUCACUUAAACAUGUUUCAUUCAAAUUUAAAUCAGAUAAAGAUUUAAAAGGUAAAAAAAGAAUUUUAUGAAUUAAUAUUACUUAGAUUUUCUAUUUUUUUUUUUUUUCAGAUCCAUUAGGAAUCACCAUGUAAAAUAUAAACUGUUCCCUUUCACUGGUUAGAUAUUAUAGAGAUUUAAACUUGGAAUGGUAUUUUCUUUCUCCAAAGGAGAAAGCUGCUCCAGUACCUGUGGCGCUGCUGUGUUCUCUUUUCCUCCUUGGUGAAGCUGUUUAAUCCAGCUGUUAAACUGUUAUAUUAAUACCAUUUUAACGGUCAUUAGAUUGUUGUUUUUGUCCAUUCUUUUGUUUUGUUUAAAUAUACAUUUUCCUUUGAGCGUGGUUUGGUUUGUUUAAUUUCAUCCCCAGACGCGAAUUAGCUUUUUCCGGGUUUUUUUUAAGUAUUACAAGUCUUAGUAAUUUUCUUUGGUUGUGUGGAGUUUUUCGUUUCUUUUUUUUGAAAUUCAUUAGAUUAUAUUUUUGUCAACAUUUUGGGUUUAUUUUCACUUGUUAUUUUUCUAAUAAUAAUAGUAAUUACAUAAUGUAUUUUCUUUUGUUCUUUUUUUUUACGGGACGAAUAACAUAAAAGUAAGGCAAUAGUUACUUUUACUGGUAACUAGUUACUUUUAUAGUGGAGUAACUCCGUUAGUAACUCUUUUUGGAGAAGUAACUAGUAACUUUUUCAAAGUAACGUGCCCAACACUGAAUAUAACACGUACAGAAAACGCAAAUAUGGUAAUUAUGAAUCAUAAUUCUAAUAAACAAGGCAUAUUUCGCCCUAAA